AAGACUGAGACUGCGGUGAACACUCCGUUGUGAUCAGUCCGACUGAGACGAUGCAGGUUAUUCUUCUGGGAGCGGAAUUUUUGAAGCUUUUGAGUUUCACACCACUCAACAGAUUAUAACGAUGCCUAAAGGACGCAGGAAGCUACGCAAGCACUUAGACCUACCUCUUCCCAGUGACGGGUCUUUCAAAAGAUGUGUGCGCAACCUGGGUGCUUUCUUCUUCGGGCUGCUUUUGUCCUCUGUUUAUGCAGGGAUGGUCCUCUUCAUCCAGAAUUACAGCCUUUGGUUCUGCAUCCUGUCUACGAUAACUAUCGCCACCUUCUGCUCUUUAGGAAUGGGACUUUCUCUCCGCAUCCGUGCCACUGUACUGCUGAUGAUACCAAUGAUCUGCUCGAAAGAGGGAAAGAAUUUUGUUCUUGUCUUAAUCUUUACCAUGGCAAUGCAGGGACCACUGGCCAACAUCAUGGAAAACUUUAACCGGGCAGCAGAUUCAGUGUCCUGUGGUGCUGAGAUGGCUCUUAACCAGACUAUGGAGAUGGUGGAAAAAGUUAAAGCUCCAUUAACUCCUAUUAUUAACAAGAUCAAAACAAUUUCCAAGAACAUCAAGAUCAUUGCAGACAAGGUGCGCAAGCUUAUUAAGAGCCUAAUUGACACUGUGAAGCAUAUUGCAAAUGUGCUGAGGAAUAUCUUUUAUUUCCUGGUGAACAUUGCGGAUAUCUGCAACAAAGAGCUGGGCACACCUUACAAGAAGUGCAUAAGUUUAUUUGAUGACGCACGCUAUAAAUGCAUGGAUGCUCUGUCUAUAUUUUCCUUUCUAUGUUACAUCAUUGAUAUUUUCAGGCCUCUCUGCGGUUUAGCUAAAAUCAUCCAGUUAUUCUGCCUCAUUCCCUCAUAUGUUGUAAACUUCAUCAAGACAAAAGUUGCUGCCCCUGUCAUUUAUGUUUUAAACAAAAUUAGGAGUGAAUUUGAGUUUAACAUUUCCACUACAAUGCAGUUUGAAAUGCGCAUGAACCAAUCCAAGACUCUCAGCCAAGUUGCUAAGGACAUCAUGCAGGAGGUGACAUUAGAGAUGGAAAAAUUUCAAGAAGUUUUUGGCAUGUUUGGUUAUUUCUCCAUUUUUAUCGUCUUCUACAUGUACUUCAGAGCAGUUAUAUAUAAAAAGCAUUACCUCUUCUAUGACAACUUUGACAAUGUGUACAUCACAAAUGGCAUGGUGAAGUUAGACCUGCUCCGAGCAAGUCAAGGGAAGCCCACUCUACUGCCUCUCGAGCCUGAUGAAGCUGCAAAGUACAUUUCUCCUUGCUCGAUCUGGAUGUCAGAUGCAGAGUGGAAGACCUACCACUGGAACAUUGUUAAUGUGUUUCGCCAUAUGUUGAUUGUACUUCUGUUGGUACUGAUUGAUUAUAUUGUUUUUUGGAUCUUUGACAUGGUUCGCUACUUUCUUCAAGGAGAAAUUAUUGCUCGAUCUCCAACUCAAAUCAAAGUUCACGUCAAUGGAAAUGGAUAUGCCUCUGCGAUCUUCAAGGACAUAGUAACAGCCUUUGAAGUGCUACAGACCUCCAAUGUUACAGUGUCCAGCAAAAAGUGUGCAAUUAUUCCUUCAGAGCCUGACUACACUGAAUACUUUCUUAUAGGAGCACUUUAUGGCUUUUCCUUUUUCAUUGUUGCUUUGGGAAACUAUAUUAUGCGAUUUAAAAGGUUCAUUUGCGCCUGUUACUACCCAUCAAGAGAAAGAGAGAGGAUCUGUUUUCUUUACAACAAGCUGCUGACCAGACGAAACUCAAUUACACAAUCAUUGUGGAAUGCAGUCAAAAUUAAAGCCAAAGAUGAAGGACAUACCAGCAUACUGCUGACUCUGGCGGCAUACGUGCCUUUUCUUUCUAUUCUUGUUGGAUUUUUUGGAAUAGUGGAGACAUAUUGUGCAGCAUGUGGUAUUGUUGCAGAGGGAGAGGAACAUUCUGAUUAUGUGAGUUGCAUUACACCCAGCUGUAAAGGUGUCUAUUGCACAGACUGUUUUGAACGAAUGCAAAAUAUCUGCCCUCUCUGCAUGGCCCCUCUGACUUACGCUGAUGAUGACGAGCAUGAGCUAGACUCAAGUGAUGAGGAGAGUAUUCGGCUUUGGAGGGAAUCCCUAAAGUCCAUGAAACACAUGCAAAUGGAGAAUAAGAACCAGAAAAAGAGAAUAUUUAAAAGAAGGAUCAAGGCUGCCAUGCAAAGCAAUAAGAAAAAGGGCACAAGCAGAAAAGGCAAACAUACUAGCAAGAUGGUGACAGAUACCAGCAGUGAAAUCACCAGCCUGAGCAGCAGCGAGGAUGACAGUAAAUAAGUCAGUGUACUACACUCAGGCUGAUCUAAAGUGGUUAUAAACGGUAAGAGCACAAUAUUAAUAAUUCCCUAAAGACCCAUGAUGACUAUGCUGUAUAUGUAUCAACGAUAAAUUGUUCAUGUUUUAUUCAAAUGUCCAAUUAUGUUGCAUUUUACUUUUAAUGAAAACACUGUAAGCUGUACACUGUACAUUCUUCAGAACAUUGUUUAUUAUUUUGACCAUACAGAGCAGCAAAAUAUGGAAUCACUUAAAGCUACAUUUAAUUCUUAACCAUUCCUGAAGACCUUAUUUGAUUGACUUCCAUCAAGGUUUAGGAUCGUAAUAAAUAGCAUUUGGGAUGAGUUCUGACUAGUGUGGAAACUGAAAGUUUUGAUCAUCAUUUUGUUAUGUUUUGGACAAUAAAAUAAAUUUUAAUGCAUAAUUUUCUCACUUAAAUUUUAUUCACACAGACUAUUAUAGUGAAAGAUCUCACCCUCAAUUUUGAUCUCUUUGGAGUUGGUCUUUCCUUCUAACAGCAGGUGUGAUCCUUUACCAAAAGCUCACCUGCUGCUGUAAGACUCACAUUGUCUUAUAAAUGACAUCUAGCAAUGUGAUCUUGACUUGAAAAGCGACUUGCAUACUUGGACUGCCAAGAUGUCAUCAUACGACAACUGCUUUCAUAAAUUCUCAUAACUUAGAAAUGUCAACAAUUCAAAGGUACGAUUUAUGACCUGUAGUACUUGGAAAUGUUAUUUAGUUUUUAGUUUAGUUUCACUUUUCACCACAACAAAGUCCCAAAACAUACAGCAAAGACAGUACUGGAGUGGCUUUAGGACAAGUCUCUGUCUGUCAAUGGCUGGCCCAGGCAAAGCCCAGAAUGAAACCCAAUAGGACAUUUGUUAGGAAAGACCUUAAGUUGCCAGUUUACAAACACUUCCUUUCCAGUCUAAUGGAGCUUGACUGGAUCUGCCAUGAAGAAUGGGAUAAACUGCUGAAAUCCAAAUGUGCAGAGCUUGUAGAGACUUACCCAGGAUGACUCAAAGCUUUAAUUGCUGCCAAAGGGGCUUGGACAACGUACUGAAUUGAAGGGUUGAACACUUUGAUUAAUUUGUAUACCUUUCUGAAAACAUGUUUUCACUUUGUCAUUAUAAGUUAUUGAGUGAUUAAUAGACAAAAAUGGCAAAGUUACCUAUUUAAAAUGAAAUCUACAACAUAAUAAAGUGUGCAGAUUGUGAAGGAGAAGUCUGAAUACUUUAUGAAUCCACUGUACAAUGCUCUGUGUUGCAGGAUGUAAAGGAAGACAUUUAGCAUUUCUAAACUUUUAAUCCCUCCACUGCAGUGCUGGUUUGUACUGCAGAAGUGGCACCAGAAUGGCCCAGCUCUGUACUCGGCUUUGAUUGGCUAAGCAAAAAGCUGCCAGGAGUAACCAAAGAACAUGCUGCUGUAUCUGUGAUGCAACUGGCGCAGGCACAGGUAAAGUCUCACAGCAAAUGCACUUCCAUUUAAGGUAGGUCUUUCACUGAACUGGACCAAAGCUGGACGGACUUCUACUUCACAGUAAACCUCAGCUUAUUAUUUAUGGGGCUGCAGACCCCCCAACAGCUGUUAAUUACAUGUUGUGAUGGCUGCACUACUUUGUAUCAUGCAGUGCAGUGUAGAUUUGAAUAUUUAAAAGUUUGUGCCUUUUAAGGAUUAUUCCAUUCAAUAUUUGAAAGUUGACAAUUAGUGCCUUACUUGGAUAGAUCUCAGUGGCAACAGGAUGCUGUAAUUUCCAGUCAAGUUAAAUUUUAACAAAAUACUGAUAAUCAUAUUUCUCUUAUUGUGUGUGGUGGAAUGAUUAAUGCUCUUGCACACUGGA